AUGGAUGUCCCGGAAGCGCCUAUCUUUCCCCUCCUUGAAGGCAAGGUUGCCAUCAUCACAGGAGGCGCCCAAGGCAUGGGCAAGGCUACCGCGUCUGUGUUCCUCCGGGCAGGGGCCAAGGUAGUCAUUGCCGAUCUGAAGGAAGAGCAAGGAGCUCAGGUUGCAGAAGAGCUUUCCUCUCUGGGAGAAGUCCGUUUUGUGAAGACCGACAUCUCCAAGUCAGAGGAUGUACAAAACCUCAUUAAGGAGACCGUCAGCGCAUUCGGCAAAUUGGACGUGGCGAUCAACAACGCAGCCAUGACUCCCGAUCAGACUCCCCUGAUCGGUUUCGACGAGUCAUAUUGGCGCAGAUUGGUUGAUAUCAAUUUGACCGGUACCGCGCUGUGCUGUAAAUAUCAGAUGCAGCAAAUGGAAAAGCAGGGCACAAAGGGCUCGAUUGUCAAUAUUGCUUCAAUCAAUGCCUAUUCACCGCAGCCAAAUAUGCCAGCAUACACGGCAACUAAGCAUGCACUCCUGGGCUUGACCAAGCAUGCAGCGACUGAAGGUGGCCCGAAGGGUAUCCGAGUUAACGCCAUUGCGCCUGGAGCGAUCUUCAGUGAUAUGUCGGCCGCAGCGUUGGAGAUUAUGGGCACCACCCAUGAUGAGUUUGCGCCCAAGGUUAGCAGCUUGAACAGAUUCGGACAGGCCCAUGAGGUAGCGCAGGGGUCGCUUUGGCUUGCAUCUGACUGUUCGUCGUACGUAAACGGAAUUUGUAUUCCCAUUGAUGGAGGAUUCCUGGCCAAAUGGUAG